AUGUUGAAAUUUCCAAGAUUAUUAAUAAAUCAUGUAAAGGCUUUGGCGACGCCCACUUCAUCCAGCAAUGUGGAUUAUUUAGCACAACAAACACGGAACACUUUUGUUCUUAAGAGAAGAUAUCCAGUGCCUCUUCACAAAAAGAAUUCCAAGCCCCAUCCUUUCAAAUCAAGACAUUUUGUUUACGAUUUGGUUGAGGAUACAAACACAAGAAGGAAGAAGCCACUUGAUUUGAUUUUGACACAGUAUGUGGCAGGACUCGGCAACAUAGGUACUCAAGUGACCAUGCAUCCGACGGAAGCGUAUGUGAAACUUUUGCUGCCAAGACUGGCGGACUACGCCACACCCGAGAACAUUGAGAAGUAUAAGAAAAUGGCAACGGAUCAGGGGGACGACACGCCGUUCAGCUCCGCCACAGUGGAGAAAACGAUGAAGUAUCUGUCGAAAAAGCGGAUAUUCAUUGUGAUGUCGAAGGAUGUGCCGUGGACACUUGAGAAAUGGCACAUAAAGGCGACGUUUCGCAAGGCGGGCGUCCACCUACCGGAGGAUGCUAUAACGAUGCCAGAGAAACCGAUAUCCGGACCAAACUUGGAUUUUGAGGGAAAGGAGUUCUACGUGACGCUCACGAUCAAUAAUCGUGAGCAGGUGAAGGUGCGGUGCGUUCUGCAUCAUUGGACACCAGAUAAGUCCUCGCAGAUCAACAUUGAGUUUUGGAAGCAACCGGGCGAGCCGAUAUUUCCCGAAGACAAAGCGAUUUUAGACUCCCUUCCUUCUUUCUUAGACUCUUAA